CCUAAAGCUGUAACAGAACGGUAAAAUCAAGCAUACAGAUUCACUGUGUUUACUAAGUCUUCUUUGCCGAUUUGUAGAUUCCGGCGAAGAUCCGAGGUUUUUCUUUUCCGUUUUUUCUUUUAUUAUUCUUUAUUUUGUUUUCCAGUCGGUGAUCGGAGUUGUGCUGCUCUCUUCUUCUUCUUCUGGUCGGUUGCUGUACUUAAUCGACCUCCGCCACUCUUUCUUUUCCCCUUAUUUUUUCUCCUUCCUCCCUUUCUUUCUUCUCUUUGGCAUUUUAUCAAACAUUUGGGAUUCGCAUACAGAAAUAGCAUUUGGGCCUGGGAAAUGGCGGACUAUUUUUAUAUGUUGUAAAAGUAUCAAACUUUCUCCUUCUCUCUUUUGCUUCUUAUACACACCAAUUGAGUCCUGGGUAGACAGCAAAAUCAUUUUUUUUUAAUUUUUAUUUUUCCUCUAACUGGGCUGUGGCAAUUGGCAAACGGCUGUCCAAAAUCCCAUCUUUCUUUUUGGCUAUGUUUGAUUACUUAAUUUUUGUAAUUGCUUUGCUUAGUUGCUUAAUUGCUGAACUACUCUUUAUAGUUUGAUUUGUUAUUCCUUAAUUGAUUCAAUAUGACAUUGAUGCAAUAAUGUAAUUGUUUGCUUAAUAUUCAAGUAAUCACAUUACUGCAAUUAUUUACCAUUUUCAUUGAAGGAAAACUUAUUUGAAUGUUAUCUACAACAUAUGCCUGGCGCCUUAAAUAAUUAUGAACACUAAUAGUACCAAUUGAAAAAUGCAAUUACAAACACAUUGCCUGAUUGUAUACAAAACAGGCAAUAUAUACAUACAUGGGUGUUUUUGUGUGUGUGAGUGUGAGUGUGAGUGUGUAUUGCUCUUCACAGAUCUUAUUCGUGCUGUAAUUUUGUAUAACUAGUAAUAACCCUAUGCUACAAUACUAAAAAUUGAACAUUAAUUGUGCAUCAUUUAUAUUAUAAAUAGCAGUUUAACUAUGCAAUUUAAAAUUAAAGUCAACAGAGUGAAAAUGAGAGGGUGGUGUGGAUUAGUGGAGCUGUCUGACAUUGGAGAGUGUGUUGGUUGAGUUAUUUGAUAUUGUGGGUCGUGCAGAAAAGAUGAUCUUUUUGAACGGGAAAAAAAAUUUUGGGGUGAAUUUUGUACCAUUGGAUUAAAGUAGAUAAAAAUUAGAUCAAUCUUGAUUGUUAUUGUGCUUUUAUAAGUUGAACAAUUCAAUUUACUAACUGUAAUAUUAUAUAGAUUUUGUAUAGGACUGAGUUACAUUAACUUGGUCUAUAUGCUUGGGGCAUGUACAAGUUAACAGUCGGUAUGACUCUAGAAUCUGCAUGUCAUUUUGGUGUGUUUGUUAUGGUGCAAUAACAUUUUGCCAAAGUUUACCUAUGUCGUGACGAAGAAGAGCCAUUGGUUGCCUCAGAUCAACUGGCUGGUUCAGUUUGGGUAACAGAAUUCUGUUAAUCACUGUAUAGUCACCUGAUUUUUCGUAAUCUACAUGGUAAUUGCUUUCAGGCUUUAUCUUCUCAUUCAACAUACAACAUGAUGAAUUUUGCUAUAUCCCUGGGUAGAAGACUGAAUCUUCGCGAGCUGGUUACCAGUGUUCCUGUUUACAGCACUGCUAGUGAUGUAUCUGGAGGUGGUUUCAGCUUGAUGUUCAGGCGCUGGGCUACCAAAAAGACUGCAGGAUCCACAAAGAACGGUCGGGACUCCAAACCAAAGAAUCUUGGGGUGAAGAAGUUUGGUGGAGAGAGAGUGAUAACAGGGAACAUUAUUGUUCGUCAAAGGGGCACCCGUUUUCAUCCAGGAGAUUAUGUUGGAAUUGGGAAGGAUCACACCCUAUUUGCUUUGAAAGAAGGGUGUGUCAAGUUUGAACGUGACAAGCUUAGCGGACGCAAGUGGGUGCAUGUCAUCCCCAAGGAAGGGCAUGUGCUACACCCUGUCUACUCCAAUUCUGCAGCUCCCAAGCUGAAGACAGCUACUUAAAGUUUCUUUGUUACAAUCUAAUAGUGUUUCAGCAUUACAGUGACAAUUUUGUAGGCAAUUCCAGUACAUCCUUUUAAUGGGUAAAAUGGCCACCUUGUGCUUUUGUUGCCAAACAGGCAGAGUUAUUUGCUUAAAUACUUUCAUAAUUGCAACCUUUAUCGAGGUAGUUAAUAUUGAAUGUCUCUCUCUCCUGCCCUCCGGUGGAGACUGCAUCUUUUUGCAGGUUUCA